AUACGUCGACAUAUGCCGCAGGGCGGCCGCCUCUGUGUUGUGGUUUCAGUUUGCCUGGAAGUUCACGGUAUUUUUCACAUUUAUUCUGAUCUCCUUCACUGUGGAUGGUAUAAGUCAUAGUUGAUAUUUUUCAUUUACAACUCCAUUUGUUUCUAACUGCAAGCAAGAUACUGACUUAGGUCAUGACCGGGGAUUCUAAUUCUGGGGAAGACAGCGAUAACUCUCCGAAGAAGAGCAGGAAGAUGAGGAGAAUUAAAACGCGUGAGAAGGAUCGUAAGAUCUACACCGAUGACUGGAAUUUGGCUGAAGAGGAGCUGGAGGGACAUCGGCUAUUCGAUAUUGACGAGAAAAUGGUCAGCGACAAUUUUCCACAAUGCUUUGUCAAAGAAAUGAAAGGCGAAGAGUUUGACCUGGCCUGGGUGCAGGCGAACGGCUUCUCCACGCCGCUGGUGUUCCACUCCACCGAGGGUCUGGGCAUCAACGUGCCGCCGUCCACCUUCACCAUCAACGACGUCCGCCUGGCCGUCGGCUCUCGCCGGAUGCUGGACGUCAUGGACGUGCGUACCCAGAAGAACAUGGAGAUGACGAUGAAGGAGUGGCAGCAGUACUUUGAGAACCCCGACAAGGAUCGUCUGCUGAACGUCAUCAGCCUCGAGUUCAGUCACACCAAGCUCGACAGACUGGUCGAAGCGCCUACCGUGGUGAGGCAGAUUGACUGGGUGGACCGCGUGUGGCCGCGCCACCUCAAGGAGCUGCAGACCGAGUCCACCAACGUGCUGGACGACAUGAUGUACCCCAAGGUGCAAAAGUACUGCCUCAUGUCCGUCAACGGCUGCUACACCGACUUCCACAUCGACUUCGGCGGCACAUCCGUGUGGUACCACGUCCUCAAGGGCGGCAAGAUUUUCUGGCUGAUCCCGCCGACGGACCAGAACGUGCAGCUGUACGAGGACUGGGUGCUCUCCGGCAAGCAGGGCGACGUCUUCUUCGGCGACACGGUGGAGCGGUGCGGCAGGAUCGAGCUGAGGCCGGGGGACACCUUCUUCAUCCCCACCGGCUGGAUUCAUGCCGUCUAUACGCCGGCCGACUCUCUGGUGUUCGGCGGAAACUUCCUGCACAGUUUCGCCGUGGAAAAACAACUCAAGAUCGCCAGAGUGGAGGACGCGACUAGGGUGCAGCAGAAGUACCGGUACCCGUUCUUCACGGAGAUGCUCUGGUACGUGCUGGAGCGGUACGUGCACUGUCUGCUGGGCCGCUCUCACCUGGUACUGGGCCUGGACGAGCUGGCCGAGCCGGCGCCGUCGCCGCAUAAACCGGCACCGCCGCACGUCCACCUGACGCCCUUCGAGCUGCACGGACUCAAGGCGAUCGUGCUGUACCUGCACAGUCAGCCGGCGUCCCGUAAGUGCGUGCCCGAGCUGAUCCGCGACCCCAUCGGUCUGAUCGGCGACGUGCGUCAGCUGGUGGAACAGCACCGGUUCGACUGUCCGAAACUGGCCGUCACCGGCCGGCCGGCGCUGCAGUGGCCCGACAACGGACAGGAGCUGCGGCUGAUGCUGCAGGGCUACGUGAAGACGGCCGAGGAGGAGUUUGACCCGGACGCCUCGCCCAAGAAGGGUCCCCGAGGGCCGCGCGGCACACCCAUCACCAAGAAGCCUCUGCUGAAGACCAAGAAGGGAGACCGGCGCCGCCGUGUGCGCUGUAAAGAGUGCGAGGGAUGCACCCGGGAUGAGUGCCGGGAGUGCGCCUGCUGCAGAGAUAUGCCCAAGUUUGGAGGACCGGGCAUCAUCAAACAGUCUUGCAAGCGGCGCGUCUGUCAAAAGCCGCAGCUGCCGGUGACUGCGGUGUGCUGCUACUGCUCCCUCACCGGCUGGGGUCGACCACUCUCCCCCGUGGCCGGAAAACGUAACCGUCCCGAACAGAAGAGCACACUGUACGAGUGCAGGAGCUGCUUCCGAAUCGCGCACAUCGCCUGCACCACCCGCCAGCUGAACACGGAGACGGAGGGCCGCGUGCUGUCGGCGCUGCCCAACUGCUGGACGUGCCCAGAGUGUGUCGACAUGGGCCUGGAGGAGGCGCCGCCCGUGCUGCCGCCGGCGCUGCUGCCGCCCGGCGUCAAACGCAAGCCGGGCCGUCCGCCGGGCCGACCGAAGAAGGCGCGCUCGGACGAGCCGGUGGGCGUCCCGGCCUCGCAGGUGGUCUCGGCGCAGGAGCGUCUCUGGGUGCCGCCUGGCGCCGAGAACACCCUGCCGGCCGUCAAGGCAGAGCCCAAGAAGGAGGAGCCGCAGCCGGCCUCCCCGGCGGAGGCGCAGACGGCGGAGGGGGCAGAGCGCGCCUCGGGCGCCGACUCGCCGGCGCCGCCCACCCUGGAGCCCCAGGAGCCGCUGACGGCGCCGCUCUCUCUGGAUUCCGUGGACGAGCGGCAGCGGCCCGAGCUCAGCCCCGAGGGCGCGCCGCCGCCCGACCCCGGCCAGGUGUCCGCCGGGCCGGCAGAGCCAGCCGAGCCGCCGGCGCCGGCGCUCGUCCACCCCGAGAAGGACGGCGGCACGCGCAUCCCCACACUGCGCAACCUCAGCGAGUACGUGCAGGCGCGCAGCCGGCGCCAGCUGCGGCGGCCGCUGUACCCGGUCCGGCCGCUGUCGCCACCGCAGCCGGCCGCAGCUGCCGAGCCGGCGCUGCACAGGGAGGCGCUGGUGGCCGUGUUCCAGCGGCUGGGGCCGGCCGACCGGGCCGCCUGCCUACUGGUCUGCCGCGCCUGGAGCUCUGCGGCGCUGGACCGCCGGCUGUGGCAGCAGCUGUCGGCCGCCCACCGGCGCAUCGGCGAGCACGAGCUGGUGUUCAUCAUGCGCCGUCAGCCGGCCGAGCUGGAGCUGAGCUGGGCGCAGCUGGGCGGCGACCAGCUGGCCUGGCUGGUCGGACGGCUCGGCCACCUGCGCCACCUGCGCCUGCAGGGACUGCCGUUCGCCACGGUGGCCGCGCUGCGCACUCCCUGCUGCGCGCUGCUGCACACGCUCGACCUGGCGCACUGCGAGGGCCUGACGGACGCGCGGCUGCGCGAGCUGCUGUCGCCGCCGUCGGAGGCCCGGCCCGGCUGUACGGACGCCAGCAGUCGGCUGCGGCGCCUGCGGCGGCUCAGCGUGGCCGGCACGGAUGUCAGCGACGCCGGCUGCCGCGAGCUGGCGCAGCGCCUGCCAGAGCUGACGGAGCUCGACGUGAGCGGCUGCCUGCGGCUCGCAGACGCCGGCCUGGAGGCGCUCGCCGGGCCGGACGCGCCGCCACUGGAACGGCUGGACAUCAGCGGCUGCCGCGCGCUGACGGCCGAGGUGCUGCCACUGCUGCGCCGCUGCGCCAAACUGCGCUCGGUCACCGCGCGGCACUGCCCGGCCAUCUCUGCCGAGGCGGCGCGUCAGUUCAGCGAGCAGACCGGGGUCGAGCUGCAAGUUUGAAGCCGCAGCGCGCCAGCUCACCGAGAGGACCGGAGUCGAGCUGCAGGUUUGAAUUAAUGCGGCAGAGCCGAACAAAGUCGCGCGGUGAAUCGUGCAUGGACAUGAGUGAACGCGGUGUUUCGUGCUGAUUUUGAUCUCGAUCGUGUUGCGUUUUGCGCGGUGCGUUGUACAGACUACUGUUGUGAGCGGCUGAACUGGUCGAUCGCUGCCUCACCUUGUGGGUGUCGGCUGUCAUUCCUGCUGCAAGUGGCACAGCCAAGUGCCAACAGCAUAAUGGUGACAUUCUGCUACUUUCUAUGUGUGUAGCUGUGGUCUAGUGGUCUUUCCAAUGUGAAGCGCAAAACCCUUUUUGGAGAUUAUUGUUUGAAUUGUUUUGUCUAUUGAAUGCCAAGUGUAGCAAAGAACGUAUGGUAUUUGGAAGCAUUGAAUGCGAAUGUUCAUCCCUUGCAAACGUCCCACUGGCUAUGGCUCAUGUUGAGACGUUUGUAUUUUGCCGCGCUGUUUUAUCCUGAUGUGUGGUACGAUGUGGAUGAGGUGCGAAAGAAGGAAAUAGUUGAAGUUUAAGUUCAACCCCCUUAUGCCCAAGCUGUGCUCGGUGUAAUUCAACAAAGACUUCAGUUUAAUUUACGAUACCUAGUUGUGACGUAGGAUGACUCAGAAGUCGUCAUUCUUCUCUGCGUGUUCAAUGGUUAAACAUCUCCAAGAGAACUCCAAGAGGUCAAUACACUUUUGUUCAGCGGA